AUGAAUGAAACGAGGUGCUUUAGUCAAGAAGCUGGAAGGGUUGGAAUCACCGUGGUAUUCUGUUUGCAACUUGUUGUUUCGUUGGUUGGAAAUAGUUUUAUUGCAAUAGUUGUCUACAAGACGAAAUCCCUGAGAAAACCCAUUAACUUUUUAAUCGUAAACGUGGCUUCGCCGCCAUUUUCCAUUUUUUGCCUCGUGCUACCUUAGUAGCUCCAGUCUACCGCUGGCCUCAUGGUCAUCUCAAUGUUGAAUGAUAAGUACUUCAUUUUGGCACAUUUGAGAAGUUAUGAUAAUUCUUCUUUCAGGGAGGAGAUCGUGUUGCCUCAAAACAUCACAUUUCAACCAAGAUCUUUUUCAGUACGUUUACUCUGAUAAAUGUUUCUAGAUGAAAUUUUUUUCUCCUGAUCCCUGUAAUGUUCUUCUAAGUUUUUCCAAAUUCCAAUUGUUAACAACGACGGUAAUAAAACUGGAUUCACUUGACAUUUAUUGAUCUCUACGUUCCGAAGCGUCAAGAAUUUUGACGUUUAAUAAUCGUCUCGAAAUAAGUUCAUCACAGAUAACUCCGCAAAGUAAAUUGACGAGCAAAACGACUUCAAAUUAUCGCCGGUUACGGCUUGUACCAAUUGGGAGAAUAUUCAAGACGCCGUUUAAUGCAAAUAGCGCCAUGAUUAUGGAAUAUCAGUUUUAACAGCUGACAGCUACUAGCCUAUUUCGGAAAAAAUUUCGUUUCCCUUAAUUUUGUGGUUUUUUUAGACAGACGCAAAUUAAACUAGUGCAUGUAAGAUAACAAGUUCUCCAAAAUUUUCCAUCGUAGAUUUUCUUAGCUUGUAAAAAGACUGGUCGUUAUGAAUGAUAAAAUGGAAUAAAAACGACACGCAGUACAAAGUCAUAUGAUGCGGAUAUUCAAAGAUCCAUGCCCCUUGCAAACCGGCUGCAAUGUAGAGACAAUUAAAUUUUGCGUGGGUAAUAUUUACACGAGAAAAACAGUGGUUUCUUUCCCUCGACCAAAGAGAACAAAAACAAAACAAAACGAAUUGGAGCUUCCGUCUUGUGUAAGUUGGUGUCUUUCUCUCGGAAGUCUCCGCUGCUAUGCCAAUUCAGAGCCUGGCCGAUAUCAUGCUGUGGUGUAUCCCUUCCAUUCUCCGUUCGUCAACUCAAAGCGGUGUUCCUUGUUCAUCCUGGGUACUUGGAUUAUCGCCAUGGCCAUCCAGUCCCCUUUCUUUAUCGCCAAUGAACUUGUUCAGUAUCCCACAGCAGUGAUAGAAUGUGAGCCUCACUGGGGAAAUGUCUUUAGAGAUACUUCUGAAUUCUUAGACUACGUCGUGGCAAAUAUAAAAGCACUUUACUAUAUGCCUAUGGUGUUGAUUGCCUUUCAAUACAUUAUCAUUAUUUGUAAAUAG